GACCGAAUAGGGCUCGACUAGGGGCUCGGCGUCACGCGUAGUGCACUACACGUCUAUUUGGAAUCGAGCCUUUCGUUAAAUAGAUUUCUUGGCUGCUCACAACUUCCACUCCUACCGAAAAUAAACUGGUUUGUCCAAGAAACUGCGGUGAUUUCCCCAUGGAGCGGGAUUAAAUAACACUUCCACAAGAUUUAGGGUUUCUUUCUGGACUUAUUCGAGACGUUUUGGUUCUUCUUUUUUCUUUUUAACUUGCAGGAAAGUUGGAAGUGAAGGUUCAGUGCUUGCUUGUGUUUCCACCCGGAGGUUGUAAUUCUGCGUCCUCGGCGCGUUCACUCGCAUUGACUGGAGUGUGAACGCUGAAAAAAAAAUACACGAGUUUGUUUAGGAAGAUUUCUUUGUAGUCAGAUAAACAAUUUAGUAUAAAAAUAAAAGCUAGAAAUAAACGUCAAGCUGGAAUAUAAAGGGAAUGUCUAAUCAAGGGGCGAGGAGAAAUGGUCCAGUGAAACUGCGGCUCACAGUUCUCUGUGCAAAGAACUUGUCAAAGAAGGACUUCUUCAGACUGCCAGACCCUUUUGCUAAAGUGGUGGUGGAUGGUUCUGGUCAGUGCCACUCGACAGACACGGUCAAAAACACACUGGACCCGAAAUGGAACCAGCACUAUGACCUUUAUAUUGGUAAGCUGGAUUCAAUCACCAUCAGCGUAUGGAACCAUAAGAAGAUUCAUAAAAAGCAGGGAGCAGGGUUUCUUGGCUGUGUACGUCUUCUCUCCAAUGUCAUUAACCGCCUCAAAGACACUGGCUAUCAAAAGCUGGACCUGAACAAGCUUGGGCCUAACAAUCAUGACAACAUCAGAGGGCAGAUAGUGGUGAGCUUGCAGUCCACAGACAGAAUAGGAACAGGAGGCCCCUUGGGCGACUGCAGCCGUCUGUUUGACAACGACUUACCAGAUGGCUGGGAGGAGAGGAGAACUGCGACAGGCAGGAUUCAGUAUCUCAAUCACAUCACACGGACAACACAGUGGGAAAGACCAACCAGGCCCGCCUCAGAGUAUGCAAGCCCGGGUCGGCCACUGAGCUGUCUGCUGGAUGAGAACACACCCAUCCUGAAUUCGAAUGGAGCCAUGGGCGUCACACACUCCAACUCCAGAGCUCAGGAGAGACGUGUCCGCUCACAGAGACACAGAAACUACAUGAGCAGAACGCACUUGCACACACCUGCCGAUCUGCCUGAGGGAUACGAGCAAAGAACGACGCAACAGGGCCAGGUCUACUUCCUCCACACACAGACAGGGGUGAGCACGUGGCAUGACCCGCGUGUGCCCAGGGAUCUAAGCAAUGUGAACUGUGAGGAGCUCGGGCCUCUUCCACCAGGCUGGGAAAUUAGAAACACAGCCACUGGGCGGGUGUACUUCGUGGACCACAACAACAGAACCACACAGUUCACAGACCCGCGCCUCUCAGCCAACCUGCACCUAGUCCUCAAUCCAAGUGGAUCUCGUGGUGUUGAGAAUCCAAACCUCAGUCGUGCCCCCCAGCUGAAGGAGCAACCUGUGCUGUGUAAUCUCUCUGAGGAGGCUGAAGACUGUUUAACUGCUCCGAAAUAUAAGCGGGAUCUGGUGCACAAGCUGAAGGUGUUGAGACAGGAGUUGUCUCAGCAACAACCACAGGCUGGCCACUGUCGCAUUGAGCUCUGUAGAGAUGAGAUCUUUGAGGAGUCGUAUCGGCAGGUUAUGAAGAUGAGGCAGAAAGACUUGUGGAAGAGGCUGAUGGUGAAGUUCAGAGGAGAGGAGGGGCUUGAUUAUGGAGGUGUGGCCAGAGAAUGGCUGUACUUGUUAUCCCAUGAGAUGCUUAACCCAUACUAUGGCCUGUUCCAAUACUCACGUGAUGACAUCUACACACUUCAGAUAAACCCUGAUUCUGCGGUCAACCCAGAGCACCUGUCCUAUUUCCACUUUGUUGGGCGGAUCAUGGGCAUGGCGGUGUUUCAUGGCCAUUACAUUGACGGAGGCUUCACUCUACCCUUCUACAAACAGUUACUUGGCAAAUCCAUCACACUCGACGACAUGGAGGCAGUUGACCCGGACCUACACAACAGCCUUGUCUGGAUCCUAGAAAAUGACAUCACAGGUGUUUUGGACCAUACGUUUUGUGUGGAGCACAAUGCUUAUGGACAGAUCAUCCAGCAUGAGCUUAAACCCAAUGGAAAGAACAUCCCCGUCUCUGAGGAGAACAAGAAAGAGUAUGUUAGGCUGUAUGUGAACUGGCGCUUCCUACAUGGGAUCGAAGCUCAGUUUCUGGCUCUGCAAAAAGGCUUCAACGAGGUCAUACCACAGCACCUACUCAAGGCCUUUGACGAGAAGGAGUUGGAGUUAAUCGUGUGUGGCCUGGGGAAGAUCGACAUCCACGACUGGAGGGCAAACACACGCCUGAAGCACUGCACGGCUGACAGCAGCGUGGUAAAGUGGUUCUGGAAAGCCGUGGAGACGUUUGAUGAGGAGCGCAGGGCCAGACUCCUGCAGUUUGUCACCGGCUCAUCUCGAGUGCCUCUGCAAGGCUUCAAAGCCUUACAAGGUGCUGCAGGGCCCAGACAGUUCACCAUCCAGCAAAUCGAUGCCAGCACCUACAACCUUCCCAAAGCCCACACAUGUUUUAAUCGCAUCGACAUUCCUCCCUACGAGAACUACGACAAGCUCUACGACAAGCUACUGACGGCCAUCGAGGAGACCUGUGGCUUUGCGGUCGAAUGAGGAAGAAACCCACAAGCACAACCCCCUUCUACACAGCAAUCUGGAGAGUCCAACGUUGGCGUGAUGUUACUGCAACCGUGGAGAUUAUUAUCUGAUGAAGAGGGAACCACAUGGCUACGAGUUGUGACCGAUAAUAUUUUUAUGUUAAUCAUUUUAUCUUCAGUUGCUCACCCCAUCUCAAGAACUUAUGCUUAAUCCAGAAGUCUCUUCUUGGAUUCAAUAAAUAAAGUGAAACUAGAAAUGCC